AUGUCUAUCGAACUGCAAGACCAUCAGAGGGCUUUGGUAGAAGCGGCGGCUAAGCAAUGCGGCUGUACCGACGUCCGCUUAAAAGUGAGCCGGGGCUCCGCCAAAGGCGAUAACUACUUGGGGGACAUCUACAGGAUCGAAGUAGCUAGCGGAAACGGUAGCGAAGCUUUGAAGAUCAUUAUGAAGAGCGCUCAGACCGAUCGCGAAUUCAGACGGAAACUCUACGUUAGGGAGUUUUAUCUACAAGAAGCUCGCAUGUACGAAAAAUGUCUGCCAAAACUCUACUCCCUGCAACUCCAUAAAGCUAGAGUAAGUCCAAGGUAUUACGGCAGCUGCCUCGAGCAUCUAAAGGAAACUAUACUGCUGGAGGACAUGAGAGAAGAAGGUUUCGAGAUGAGGAACGGCACGGUACCAAUGAACGCUCACCACGUGGAGCUGGUACUGAAAGAAUACGCAAAGUUUCACGCGGCAUCAAUGGCCUUGAGGGUUUUGGACACUCGAACUUUUGCGGACCUGACGAAGGAUUUCUUCAACGUUUACGCACACGGCACAGACAAAUCGCUUUGGUACGGUUCCGCCUUCGAGGUUCUGGUUCGCCUCGCCGGCGACAAGUUCAAAAAGUCUAAACAAACUUUCUUCGCUGAAUCGGAAGAAAUGUUUACCAGCCUCAACGACGAAAAUCUGGCCAUUUUGCACGGCGACUGCUGGUCGAACAACAUGCUGUUCAAAUAUCGGGACGGAAACACUUCCGCGCCGGUGCAAGUAUGCUUCGUAGACUGGCAAGCGAGCAGAUUAGGCACUCCGGUGGCGGACCUGACGUAUUUCCUGUGCUUGUCCGGGUCCCGUGAUAUUUUCACCGAUACGCCGAAAUAUAUGCAAAUCUAUUACGACGUCCUGAGCGGCAGUUUGACGGAGCUCGGCUGUAAUCCCGACCGAGUCUUCAGCUUUAAAACUUUCACGGACCACUGGCAUAGAUACGCCCGAUUCGGAUACUUUACUGCGGUGACGAGUUUGAAGGCGACCAUGUGCGACAGCAGGGACGCUCCGGAGACGGGGAGCAUAAAGGAGGGGGCGACCUGGGGGGACCAGAUUCGGUUCGCGACCUACGAGAAAGAAGCCGAGUACGAAAGGCGGAUGAGCGACGUUGUCGAUUUUAUGAUCGAAAGCGGAUUCAUUUAACACUGAAAUUGAAAAUUGAACACAACCCGCGGGGUUGAUUUUGAACGUUGAAGCAAAAUUCGAUUUAUAAUUUGACGUUUGUAAGAAGAAUGGGAAACAAAUAACAGUUAAUUGGUUGUAUUCUUUUCUCUCUCUUCAGUCCUGACCCUCAUUAAGGAGUGUAGUGGUCAGCGUAACAUCACGGAUGAUUGUUCUCCAUGCGCUUCUGUCUUUGGUCAUCUCAACGACAUCGUACAUUGGCUUGCUACAAUUAGUCAUGAUCUGGUCUAUCCAUCGAGUAGAAGAGCGGUCAUUUGAUCUACGUCACGACACUUUGCCUUGAAUUAUG